UGUGUUUGUAUGUGAUUACUAGUAAUGUUGUAUUUUAAUUUCCUGCUUGUUUUAAUUUUUCUAAAGAAAUAUCUUUUUGAUAGCCUCCCCCUCUUUCUUUUUUCUGCUUAGUAUUGUCGAAGCAACUAAUUCUAAUACUGCGAUAACACCUCCUUUUUCGCUGUCUACACCUUAAACAAAAACAAACCGCAUUUCAUCCACCUCCUGUUCCUUCGCCAUUAUUAUAUUUUUAAUUUGAAUUUUAUUCUAUCUCUCACUCUCUCUCUCUCUUCCACCUCAACCCCCUUUUUUUUACAACUUUUUUUUAUUAUAAACUUGGUGUAUAAUUCAUGACUGAAUUGAUCAGCAACGUCAAGAGAAAGUCUGACAGACGAAGUGGGAUGGUGCAUUCCUUUGGGAUACCCGCCAACGGAGGAAUAGUCAGUAGAGCGGUCACCGCUGCUGCUGCCAACAUAAAACGAACGUCUCAGCAGAUACCGUCAGGUAGAGCAUCAAAGCAUUAUUCAGUCUCACUGUUCUAUUCAAUGGCCACCGAACAAGAUAGCGAAAUUGAAGACGAACUGGCUCGAGUGCAGAAAUCAUUACGCGAAUUGAAAGCAGAUAUCUCAGCACAGUCCAAAAAUAAUUUUUUAUUAGAAAAGGAUGUCAGGUUUUUAGACUCCAGAAUAGCUCUGCUUAUUCAAAAUAGAAUGGCUGUGGAUGAUCAAAAUGAUAUAUCAUCUCAGCUGGACGACCAUGACGAGAGGAAUAUGGAACACCAUUUGGACGAUAGAAAAUUACAGCAUUAUAGUCAUUUGUUUUUCUUACUGCAGAACGAACCAGGCUAUAUCGCUUCCUUAUGCCGACUGGUAAAUUUAUCAGAAAUUGACACUUUAUUGCAAACAGUCAUGUUCACCUUAUAUGGUAAUCAAUACGAAAGCAGAGAAGAGAAUUUACUGUUGACGAUGUUUCAGAAUGUUUUGGCAGCACAAUUUGAAUCCACGGUUGAGUUUGGAUCGCUUUUACGGGCAAACACACCAGUGUCAAGGAUGCUCAUGACUUAUACCCGUCGAGGACCUGGACAGUCCUAUUUAAAGUCGGUGCUUUCAGAAAAAAUUAAUGAACUGAUAGAGAAGAAAGAUAUGAAUUUCCAAAUUAAUCCAUUGAAGGUGUAUGAUGAGAUUAUUACGGAAAAGCUAAGUAAAGAAGGCACUCUGCCACCCAAUUUGAGUAAAAGUGUCACACCCGAAAUAGCAGCGGCCAACCCCGAAGUGCAGGCGAUCAUUGAGCCACGCUUAACCAAGCUCAUCGAAGUCGCCAAUGAAUUCCUAACGACCAUCAUCCGUUCUUUAAACAAUAUACCCUAUGGCAUUCGUUGGAUCUGCAAGCAAAUAAGGUCAUUGACAAAAAGAAAAUAUCCUCAGGCUACGGAGACAGCCAUCUCCUCGCUUAUAGGAGGAUUCUUCUUCUUACGUUUCGUCAAUCCAGCUAUUGUCACCCCACAAGCUUAUAUGUUGAUUGAUUCCUAUCCAAGUAGUAAUCCCAGAACAACUCUGACACUUAUUGCAAAACUCUUACAGAAUUUAGCUAACAAGCCGACUUACGCCAAAGAAGCAUAUAUGAUACCCACCAAUCGGUUUGUAGAAGAAAACAAGCAAAGAAUUCAAAAAUUUCUAAACGAUAUUUGCGAAGUAAGCGAUUUUUACGAAUCCUUAGAGAUGGACCAAUACAUGGCUCUAUCUCGCAAGGACAUCUUUAUUUCUAUCACGCCCAACGAAAUGUACAGCACACAGGCAUUGUUAUCGCAGCAUAUUCAGAAAAUUGCGCCUGAGCCAAUGCAUCGAUUGAGAAUCUUACUUCAGGAUUUAGGUCCUGUGCCUCCACAGAUACCACGGCAAGCCAAUCGGCCCGUCCAACUACCUCUCUACAGCCGUUGGGAAAGAGGCCCUGUGAUGGGCCUGCAGCAGCAACAACAGGACACAGCGCUUAUUCUUACCACACCGGAGAAUAAUAUCACUCAAAACGAUCUGCUUUACAUGGAAACAAAAUCGAUUUUUGUGCAAAUUCUGCGGUCGAUGCCACACAUCUUAAAAAUGUGCACUACGAGUUCGUCUCAUCUGGACCUUAUACGCGUUUCUGAAGCAGCUGGUACUGCGAAGGAUGCGCUCCUGGUGAGUAAAGGAAUAAAAGUACAAUCCAUGCUUCAAGAAUUGGAAGAAGCGGGUGUCGUGAGCCGGAAAAACCACUAUGAGCUACUUGUGCAGGAGAUAAAACAAGAGCUUAUCCAUCUCGGCGAUCUGAAAGAACGUGUCAAAGUAGAAGUGGAGUCGUUACAGCAGGUGUUCAGAACCAUUCAAGAUCACAACAACUAUCUACAAAGUCAAUUAGAGACCUACAAAGCAUAUCUGCAAAAUGUACGAAUGCAAAGUGCGGGUGGAAGUGGUGGCAAAGGCGGAGGAUCCACGAGCAAAGUUGUGCCUGGGUUCUCUACCACCAAGGCGCCAUCGUCUGAAAUAGCAACGUUUGAACAAUCACAAAAUUAUCAACCCCAUCAUCAUGCGCAACAGCAGUCGCAACAGCAACAGCAGCAGCAUCAUGAUCACCAUCAUAUGCAAGGCGGUUUAGAUAUGGAUAUAGCAAAUGGUGGUGGUGCCGGCAUGGGUAGUAAUUUAAAUACACCUAGCAUCAAUGGGAAGAAUAUAAACUCGAACUAUCAUAGUAAAAAGAAAUCAAAUAAUGGCCCCUUCAAGUUUUCACAUCAGCAGUUAGAAAAAGAUGGAAUUAUCUUGGAUUCCGAAGUACCAAAUCAUAGAAGAGCCAAUAUUUAUUUAAUGAUUCAGUCGCCUAUCAUGGGAACCUUCAUUAUUUCUUUACAUUAUAAAGGAAGAGAAAAACCAAUAUUGGAGAUUGACCUAAAAUUAGACGACUUGUUAGAGAAGCAAAAAGAGCAUGUGAAAUCAUUGGACUUGGAAUAUGUAAAACUGAAUGUAGCCAAAACGAUUCAACUAAUUAAUAAGUCAUUCAAGGUGAAAAGCAAGUAGGUUGGGCAGCCAAUAAUAAUACAAGUACAAGGGCAUAUUUUUGCUUCUGAUUAAGUAUAUUUACGUAAUUAUCCUCUAAUGCUUAUAUGGACAAGUGAUAUCUUUAUUAAAUACUACACUAUUGUAUGCAAGGCUCGUUUUAUACGAAGCAGUAAUUUCUCAAUAUCUCUGG